GGGAGAACGUUUCAGUUUUACGAAUCCCCACCUAUUCUUGUUCCCAGCCUUUUUCAUGUUGUGACAUCUCAGGUGCUUUUUUUUCCGUACUUCACCAGCAGUAAAGAGUCAUACUUUUAAACUCUAUUAGAACUGGAUAGAAAUGCAUUACCAACACGCCAGAGGAUUUUCCUAUAACUGACAGCUCAGGUGGUGGCUGCUGCUCUGCCAUUUUGAGGAGAGAUGAUCCAAGGCCCAGGCAUAAUGGAAUGCAAUCUAUCUAUGCUCUCAUCCUUGAAAGAGGACUUCAGCUCUGAGGAUUACAUCCUGCCACAUUAUAAGGAAGCUUAUCGGUUAGCCAUUGACUGUCUGGUCAGUGGUGGCAAGCAAGUAUAUCAAGAAUUCAUCCAAGCUGAGAAAAUCGUAAGCUUCCUUUCGGAGGAUGAGAUCGACUUUAUAGCACAGAAUGCAGAACAACUACCUGUCAGUGAAAACAUAGAGGAGGACGACAGCUCCAGGGAUGAUGAGGUCUCCACGGGAACAUACUGGCCCACACAUUCUGAUGCUCCUCCUCCCGACUUGGAUCUUGGUUGGCCAGAGGUCGUGCACAGCAGACUCCAGACCAACAUAGAUAUGUUUUACCAUCCACCCAGGUUAAACAGCCCCACCAUCAAGGAGGUAUUGAGGAAAAAUAUCCAAGAUGCUAGACAGGUCAUUGCAAUUGCCAUGGAUGUGUUUACUGAUGUAGACAUUUUUAAGGAGGUAGUCGAGGCAUCUAUCCGAGGUGUUCCUGUGUACAUCCUUCUGGAUCACAUACAUUUUAAAAGCUUUCUCACUAUGACUACAAACCUUGACAUCCAAAUUCAAAAACUCAGGUACAUGAGGGUGCGCACGGUGCAAGGCCAGGAGUACGUUUGCAAAUCAGGAGCCAAAUUUCAUGGAGGAAUGGGACAGAAAUUUCUCCUAGUUGAUUGCCAAAAAGUGUUUUUUGGAUCAUACAGUCUCAUGUGGUCCUGUGAAAAGAUCCACCUGAGUAUGGUUCAAGUCAUAACUGGUGGGUUAGUGGAGUCUUACGACGAGGAGUUCCGGACUCUUUAUGCCCGCUCCAAUAUUCCAGUUGAGUUCCAGUCUCAGGAUGUCUUGACAGACCGAAGGAUGAAUGGCACAACUGAGAAUUACUUUGGUCAUUCCAUCAGACCCUUUGAAAGGAAGGAUCAUUUGAGGCAUACACUUGACUCUGUGUAUCGACAAACCUGUGAAAGACAAUCAGGCUUUAGGAGCACAGAGGAAAAUCUUCCUAUACCUCACCAUAGUAGAUUUCUUCAAAAUGCGUUGGAGUACAACAAGCGGCACAGCUAUGCAGGGGAACGACGGGAACCCUCACACAUCAAUCAGCACCCCAGGUAUGGCACCAGUAACUGGAAUGUAGCAGAAGACAUCAGGUCUUAUGGGAGGAACUACCCUGCUGUUAUGGAGAACCCCUAUGAAAGCUCCAGAUUAAACUUCCUGAACAGGAAUGCUAACAUGCGCCAGUCCUACCAUGGUCAUGAUAAACAGGUUCUCUCAGCACAGCAUAACUUGCCAAGUUUGGCAAAUACCUCCAAAUCUUUUCUGCGCACAUGGAGGAUAGAAUCUUACCUCAAUAACAAUGAUGCACACAUUGCAGAACCAUAUGAUUAUCUUGACCAAUAUGAGAUGGAGAACAAACCUGUUCCUGCAAUGCCCUCUCGUCUUAGGUCCUCACUGGUCUUUAGGUCCAUCAUCCCAGAGGAUUCAGAACCCAACAGUUACACAAACGAUCCCUUAUCAGCUGUACGCCAUGAGGAUCAAUUGGGAAUACAGCCAGGUGUACCAUACUAUUCCUCAACACAAUGGAAUCAAACAGAUUUAAUGGACAAUCGAAUCCAACCUGAUGACUUUAUGUUAAAAAGACGAAGUAUACAGGUCCCAGACCACUCAGGAAACAACUUAGGCUUUGGCUCAAGAAGAGAUGUAAUAUAUAACAGUCUCGGCAGAGCUAAAAGUCGAUUUCAGGUUAAGGAGCCUGUGCUCCCACAAGACAACUUGUACAAAAGGCACAGUGUAGCAGACCCUAGGCAUAACACAUAUAAUAGUAACAAAGAGACUUCCAGCCAUAUGUAUGGACAUCUGUUGAGAAAUCAAACGGAGAAGGAUCCGGUAGUUGAGAAUUCAAAAAGUGGAGGAUAUCCCCAAAACCUCAAAGAGGACCAGAGAUCCAUCUCACAUUCAGACUUCAAAAAGGCUGAACGCAACAACGUGCAAUGUGCUAUUUGGCAAGAACCUCCCUCAAGAACCAUGUCAGCAACAGCUCUAGAAGUGGAGGAUGACAACCAGAAAAAAUCCAAUGCAAUAUCAUCGCCAAGGUUCUUUAAAAAGAGUACCAAGAAAAUCAAAUCACUCCUAAACAUUCCAGAGAAGCGGGACAGCUCACCAAAAAGAAAGCAUGUCUCAAGUCUUAAAAUAGGUAGCAGUUCUGACACCAUUAUUUCUGAUGACAAUGAACAAAAUGCACAGCAGGAUGACAAACAAAAGAGCUCCACAGCCAAUUCUAUGAAAUCCACUGACAGCAGCAUAUUGAAAAGGACAAAUGGGAGGAUCCCUGGAAAUGAAUAUCCUGCUGCUGUCUUGACUGGAGAAUCAUCUGCUCCUCGUUUUAAUACAGAGGAGUUCCAUGGCGAUGGGUCUGUGAGAGCACCAGAUCGGCUGUAUUACAACAGUCACGACAAUAAAAGAAAUAUGGUACAGGGCACCACCAGUCAGUGGCAGCGAGAGCAAGUUGGAGUCAAUAGGGUGUACAGCCGUUUUGAGCCCCUUUGUUCCUUUGACACUAAACAUACCUCUUCAGGACAGGGCACCAAUGUGUCCAUAAAUAAAGCAGAGAGUCACAGAAGCUCUGUCCAAACAAGAGGAAAUACAAAUACUGAUCCGAGCAACCAUAUAGCUCAACAUACACAUGGACAUGAAAAUAAAUUAGGACGUUUCAUACAGAGGGUUGGAAAUUUAAUAACCAAGAAUAAGUAACUCAGGCUGUAUAGUAUGUACUGUAUAAAUAAGGGAAGCAGGGAGGUGCUUUCUUGGAGUUUUUUAAUUGGCACAAUUAAUUUCACAAUUAUUUCAUUUGUUUUCAACUUUUUUCAGAACAGGGAAAACCCGAUCUUGAUUAAUCUGCUACAUUAUUGUUGAGAGAAAAAAAAAACAAUUCCAUAAACUCAGCUGUAGAAGAAAGAAGAAAACAACUUACCGUAACGAUUAUAUAUCAACUUCGCCUUGGUAUAAUUUGAAAAUUGGUGCAAUAAAUUAUAUUGGACUACUUGUGUUGUAGCAGGGAGAUUGAAACAUGCUGCAUACGAUCCUGCACUGCUCUCUUGUUUUAGGUCAUUUUUCAGGUCCAUCACACCAGAGGAUCCAGAACCCAGUAUUUAUGUAUUUCUGAAUGCCAUGACAAUUAAUUUGGAAUACAACCAGAUGCACAAUACUACUCCUCAAUGAAAUCAAACAGAAUUAGUCACUAGGCAUGUUCAACUUGAUCAGUUUAUAUUAAACACACGUCAUGUACAGGUUCCACUCCACUCAGGAAACAACUGAUAAUUCUCGUAGGACAUCUGUUGCUUUGACUGUUGUUACCUGAAUUGUUUACAUUUGUAAUGAAAGGUACAAUGGAUAAAAAACAUCUACACACCCCUGUUAACAAUGGCAGGUUUUUGCGAUGUAAAAAAAAAAAUAAACCAAAAUAAAUCAUGUCAGAAAUGUU